GAGCCCUGGGCUCCCAACAACUAGAGAAAGCCCUGGUCGGUGUCUCUCGGUCCAACCAUAUACAUCUGAGACUUUCCCACCGAACCGUUGUGGCCCAUUUAAAAGCCCAUUAACCAAACCCUACGAUCGCACACAGCCGCCGCCGUUUUUUCGCCAUCCACCUCCGUCUUUCUCGCACUGCGCAAACGCAUCUGGGCGAUCUGCGCCCGCACGACGAUGUUCCGCGCCGCCGCAGGCUCCUACUCCGAUGAGUUCAUCUGCCUCCACCGACCCCUCCUCCCGCCUCCACUAUGGCAGCACGUCCCUCAAAGCCGACGAUAUGACGGCGAGCUCACCUGGGCGCUCGCGAACCGCUUCUAGGGCAUCGGUUCCUUCUUUGCUCCGGCGGCGCUUGGAGGCAGAGGUGUUCUGUGUCAGCCAGAUCUGGGCGAGAUGGCCCUACACAUGAUUUAGCGACGGUCGUGGACGACACGCCCCGUGUGCCUCGCUUGCUUUGCUGUAACAGGGGCAAUGGGUUCUCGCCCAAUCGGCUUCGCGUGAUGCUGCUGGGGGUGGACAAGCGUCGCAAGGGCAGGACGGUGCCGCCGUGGAGGAAGAGGACAGCGGUGGCGGCGACUACGACACUGUGCUGAAGGCCCACGCUAGAUCCGGUGGCGGCGACUACGGCGCCGUGCUGAAGGCCCGCGCUAGAUCCGGUGCCAGCGACGGUGGGUGCGUCUGCUUCAUCCCGUCCACCCUCGUUUCGAUUCUCCACUCCUCGCGAUGCUGCCAUCUCGUCUUGUCAUUCACCUCGUUUUGGAUUAUUGGGGGUUCGCUGGAUAGGGUUGCUGCAUGACUGUCUUCUCAUGUAUGAGGUGGUGGAGGCGCCAUGUGUGAAGAAAUACAAGAAUGUUUAUGUGGUGAGCACCAUCUCAGAGUUCUCAUCCUCGCUGGAGACAGCGGGUGGGCACUGGCGGGUGGACUGUCUUCUCCGUGCUAAAGGAAUGCCAUCCUAUUUCGCCGUGCUGGACCAGGGUGCUCGAAGUGUUUCUUCAGAUAUGGACCUCGGUGGUUUUCUCCACAUUAGGAAAGCUGGAAGAGCCUUUUUGAACUCAGAUUUUUUUGCUAACAGUGGUGUUAUGGUGAAACAAAGUUUUGUUUGUAUGUACCAACAGCUAAAAUGUAAACACGACAUUAUCAUAGUUGAGUACAGGAAUAAUUAUCUCUUAUAUCUUAUUGCAAAAUCUGAAACAGUUCUCCUGUAGAUGGUUAGCUUGCAUUUUACGCUACAAUUACCUCAGAUCACUUGUAUCUUACACCAAUUUACAAAAUUUGUUGAUGCGUUUUAUGACAACCUCAUGCGCUGAGAGAUACAAAAAUUUUAUGCUAUUUUGUAUACAUAUUUAUGCCAAUGUCAAUAGGAUUUUAUGACCUAUAUUUCAGUUCA